AACAAAAAACUCAAAAACAGGACCAUGAACUCUCAGACUGAUCACAGGCUCCUGAAAAUACGCUACUUAAAAUUUGUAUUUUUUCUUGAGUUUUCAGAUGAUCUUACAACUUUUUUGGUAGUUUUUGCUAAUGUGUGCAUUGUGUGACCAUGGUAACGGCUAAACAUUCCACCAUAGGCAUUCAGACAGAACACCCCCAGUGUGACGUUGCUGCAAAGUGUCAACAUGUCCAGCUGAAUCUUUUGCUUAAUUUUGUUAUUCAGUUGCUUUUUUUAGGUAGUUUCACUUCCUGGUUUUGUCAGAGAGAGUUCACUACAGGUUUGGCUGCUGUACACUUCCCCGUUCAGACACUUCUCUGCUCUCAGGAAAACACAUUUUUGACUUGUAACUUUUUCAUUUUGAACGGUUUUACCAAGAGAACCGACUUGGCAUUUCUGUGAGAACAGAUGAAAUGGCUCAAGAAGGAACAAGUGCAGAACACACUGAUGCAGGCCUGAUGUGUCCCUGCUCCUCUCUAACCACCAAAGAGCUGCAGCAGAACUGGAGAGAGGAGAAGAGAAGAGAGCGCCCCCACUGGCUGCUGUUUGAACUGCCCUCAUACAGAGUCAGAGAGACGGCCUUCAGCAAACACGUGGUUUACGAUGUUGUGAUCAUGCGUUCCGGCAGCUUUGACUCUCACCGCGUCUCCAUCGAGCGGCGCUACAGUGACUUCGCCAAACUCCACCAAACUCUGCUGCAAGAAUUUCAAGAAGAACUCGACGAAAUCCUGCUCCCGAGAAAAAUCCUUACAGGGAAUUUCAACCCGGAGUGUCUUCUGGAGCGACGGAUAGCUCUACAAGACUACAUCGCUAAACUCUAUGCUAAAAGAUGUGUACGCCACUCCGAACACUUUGCUAACUUUUUCACCGAUCAGGAAAUGAAAAAAGCUCAUAAUCUGCUUCGAGCUGGACAGUUUACACAGUGUUUAGCUCUGCUGCAGCUCGUGUUGGAGAUCCAGGAGAAACUAGCUCCGUGGCAAAGCUCUACGUUGUCGGUGCACACGUUAGCGGCGUUAGCGGUUUGUCACAGAGACUUGGAGCAGCCGGAGCAGGCGUACGAAGCCGCACACCGAGCCCUGCCUGUGGUGAGAAGGUACCGGCUCACUGUGAAAGAGUACCACGCCCCUCUGCUGCAGAUGCUGGUGGAUUUGGGGUACUCUUUGGGGCGCCCCGUGGGUCAAAUGCAGGAGGAGCUGAUGGCGCUGAGAGAAGCAGAGAGAGGGAGGGUGGACACACGGUCGCUGAAGGAGAUUGUGGUCCAUAAGUUUGUUUGAAGGGAUCGUGACCUGCCAUGUUAUAAUGUUGUUUCUCCAUCAAAAAUGCACCUGGGGUUUUGUUUGAUUUGCACAUGUUAAAGAGGGGCUAUCGUGCAAAAAUCAAUACUGGGCCCUUUUCGAACCCUCCUCACAGUUAGCUGUACGAUCCUGUCGAUUGUUCCGCCCACAAGCCUACGUCACUCAUGCUCCCACGACAA